AUGUUCAUCCUCUCAACGGCUUCCUCCUCCCGAGUUCCUCUUUUCCUUGGCGUGUCCACUCAGCAAGUCGGUCGUUCAUUCUGCUCUUCACCAAUUGUAUCGGUGAAAAGACCUCAAAAACCAUACGAAGCUCCCAUAGCUAAGAUAGACGCCUAUGGUAACCGUGUACCUAUAGAUUUUGAUGCUCCAACAGGUAAAUCAGGUAAAGAGGAAAACGAGAGAUUGAAAUUCCUAGAAGGUCUAUAUGAACAAAAGAAUAAAUCGGUAUUUGAAAAAUACGGUAAUGGCAAUUCCAAUGAAUUCGGUAUACGUCGUAACAAAUCGAGAAGCUCGAUUUCAUAUCCUCCUUCGAGAUCAACUUCAGAAAUACACUCUUCAUCUUCAUAUCCAAACAUUCACGAUGGCAAGGAUGAUUCGAGCUUGGGUGAAGAAGAAUGGAAAGAGAAAAUUGGAAUGGAUCAUCGUGCAAGAUUCGCCAAGAAUAAAUUCAAAAGAGCGGAUGAGAUGUUUAGAGAACAAGCCAAGAGGAUGAAUCCAUCUUUUCGUGAUGGGGAUGAGCGAAGACCCAAUCAAUCUAGGAAUAGGGAUUCAAGUGGUGGUACUAGCAAUAGUAAUAACAAGAGGAAUUUCGGAAUGAGAAAUAAUAAAGUUUCAUUUGAUACUGGUCUCGGUACUUCUUCACGAUCAGAAUCAGAUUUCGGAUCAGAAGAAAAUACAGAUAGGUAUAAAGGUCGAUCCGGGAGAAGUACAUUUCAGUUCAAUACCGAUAAAAAUUCAUCACAAUCUCCAUAUUCAUCAAAAUCAGACAUUCGAACAGAGAGAGGAACAAACUCGUCCUUAUCAAAUCAACCUCGUUACAGACAAUCAUUCGGUUCUUCACCAGCUUCUGAUAGAUCAAAUAAUAACCAUAAUCUUUCACCCAAUUCUUCACCUUCACAAGUUGGAGCUGCCGAUAUAUCACCACCACCUUCAUCCUCCAAAUCACCUGAUGAAUAUUGGAAACCAACUAAAAAGUUAACUUAUUCAGCGAUGGCAGGGAUGAAGGCCCUUUAUUCAUUGGAUCCAGUCAAGUUCUCAAAAGAAGUCUUAUCUAAGAAAUUCGGUAUUUCAAGAGAAGCUGUGACAAGGAUACUUAAAAGUAAAUAUAGGAAAGAUGGUCAAGGUGAAAUACAGGGUCAAGGUGAAAUUGGAUUGAAAGGAACUAAAUGGGAUAGAAAUCCGUCUACUGCAGAGACUGUUAGUCCUGUACCUGCCAUUCUGAGAGCGUUUGGAAAAGAUCCGUAG